ACUCACAAACAGGGGCGGACUGACAACUCAUGGGGCCCCCGGGCAAUAGGGGAUCACGGGGCCCCUGUGUCCUUGCCCAAACUCAAAAAAGCCUAUGAAAAAGGUACCAGGGGCAUCUCAUGGGGCCCCCUACUGACCCCAGGCCCUCGGGCAGUGCCCGAGUUUUCAAAUGGUCAGUCUGCCCCUGCUCAUAAACAAGUUUUGACAGUUUGCAUAAAAAUUGACAGUCACAAAGUCCAUUUCUCCACAAAGAGCCAAAGGACCUGAAUUCAGUGAAGAUUAAAGGUGACUACUGCAGAAAAAGCUGUUUUUUUUUAUUUUAUCAUU